GUAUAACCAUGAAGCGUAAAAUCCGAAGUAUGCAAAGCGAAAGGAUUUAGAGACCAGCAAAUAAAUGUCAAUAGCAAUUGGAUCUGCAAGCAAUCAAGAUGCGACACUUAACCGUAGUGUUAUCCUGCAUCCUGAUAGUUUUAUUGCCCUGUGUGCUUGGGGCUCGCAGCACACUUAUCAAGAGUCAUUACAGAAGCGUUGUGAAACCAAAGCAGAGUGUCAUAAAGGCCAGAACCAAUCAAACAACCCAACUUAAAUAUGGAGAUCAUGCGGGAAAGUUCUAUAAUCACUGCACGGAUAUUUUCAAAGAGAAGAACUUGGCUAGCAAAGUGAUCCGUGGCAUGAUUAGUGGAAUUUUGGACAGGCUCAAUGAAGUAUGUCUAGACAAACCCAUUCACCCACUUAUCCACAAAGUUUUCACGGAGACACUGCUAUGUGGCGGAAGCAUGUCGGAAGCAAUCGAUAGCGUUAUUGACAUUUUAUUUGGAAAAUUCGAAAGAAAUUGUAGGGAGAGGCCUGGAUUCCGAAGCUAUUAUAUUUUAACCAGUGCGGAAAAUGAAAUAGUGGAAUCAAAAGGUUAAACCACUAUCUGAACUGCAAUAAUAAAAUAUACGCCAAUAAA